AUGCUGCUUGUGAUCGAGAGGAGAAUUCGCUUUAAUAUCGCCAUCUUUCCACGCUGGUCAAGUCGUUUGAUGGAAGACACUAACGGGUGUUUCGGGACGUGUCCAUCUCCGUGGGUUGAACGCUCGAGUUCUGUAGAAUUAGCACGAGCAGGAACACAUCGACGCUGUUCAGACGCUGAAAUUGUUGGGGAUAUUGCAGAGGAGCAGGAUGUGUGGACGAGACCUGAGGAUCUGACUACGUCACGUCGGUCUUACAGCCUGACGCCAUCUAAACCCGGAAGUGACGUGGCAGGAAACACUGCAGCGGCAUUGGCUGCCGGGUCCAUUGCUUUUAAAAACAAAGACGCCACAUACGCCACGACGCUGCUGAAGGCUGCAGUGAGUCUGUACGAAUUCGCGUCAAGCAAUCUGGGCAAAUACAACGACAACAUGCCACCGGAAGUCAACGAAGCAUAUGGAUCCAGUGGCUAUAAGGACGAGUUGGCGUUGGCGGCUGUGUGGCUGUACAAGGCGACUUGGAACAGGACAUACCUGGAGGCGGCGGUACGGGACAACCCGACUUCCGUCCCCUGGGCGCUCGAGUGGGACGACAAGACGGCGUCGGCAGCCUUGCUCAUAUACGAACAAAACGGAGAACAGUCAUUCCGGACUCUGGUGGAAGACUUCCUGGCCAGCUACAUGCCGGGAGGGUCCGUCCCAUACACCCCGUGUGGGCUGGCCUUUAGGACGGACUGGGGGUCACUGCGAUAUUCAGCUAAUGUAGUCAUGCUAGCUCUGUUUGCGGCAGAGAUACUCAGAAACUCCAGAGCCGAGUCGUACCGUAGCUGGGCGUACGGUCAGAUCACCUACAUGCUGGGAGACAACAACUACAACAUGAGUUACCUCAUCGGAUACAGCGACCUCUACCCGCUGAGACCUCACCACAAGGCGGCUUCAUGUCCCGUCCCCCCGAAGACGUGUGAUUGGCCGAACUUCGAGAUGUCUGACCCCAACACGCACGUGUUGUACGGUGCCCUCGUGGGGGGUCCUGGAAGUCAGGACGAUUACAAUGACGUUAGAUCGGACUUCAAGAAGAACGAGGUGGCUGUGGACUACAACUCGGGGUUUCAGGCCGCUGUGGCAGGUCUUCUUCACUUACAACUUAAUGGCACACUACCUGAACCAAGCCGUUCAGGAUGUCCUAGAUAAACGUGCAGGAUGUCCUAGAUAAACGUGCACGUUGUGCUAGCGCUGUAGAUGAUGUCGCAUUCACGAGGACGCAGUAACCGGAGGUGAUACCGUCCUGCCAGGAUACUUUGUUUGAAGAUCAGCACUCCUACUUUGUCAGAUAGUCCACCUCGAAAACCGUUCACUUGCACAGUGCCCGGGGUGAAUUAAUUCAACAACAGAAACAUUAUUCAUAACGGCGAAAACAAAUCAAUACAUUAGGGAACGUAUUUUGUAUAGUAUUGGAUGCCCAUAUCAUUUUCUAUCUUUACACAAAAACACAGUUUUAAAACGGAACAUAAAAUACCAAAACAAAUAAAACAGUUGAAAAAAUAAUAAAAUAGAAACAAAUUCAAAGAACAACGUCAUUGAGAUUGUACGAUAUUAGAGAAAUACAUUUCAACAGUUGAGAGUAUUUCUGUUUCUGUUCAAAUGAAUAUACCCGUCUACAUGUGUUCAGGACGCACGUCAACAGUAAGUGUUGCAGUGUGUAGAAAGGACGUACGUCAGACGACUGGCACAAGCGUUUGUUUCUUUGUUUGUUUUUAGAGUACUUCAGGAGCAUUCCUUUUCACAUCAAGCAUAUUGUACCUUGUAUUGCUGUGUUGUUUGUUUUAGGUUCAUGACGCAAUUUUACCACGGAGAUUUCAGACAUGGACGUAUGGGGACUCUUUGAUUUAGGGGGGCUGGAGGGGUUGAUUUGCCCGAAAUUUUACCCAGAUAAAAACUGCCCGAAUUUUCCCCCACUGUUUUGCCCGAAUUUGGGGGGGGGGGGGGGCAAUUCCCACCCCCCACCCCCACCCCCCGUCUGAGUUUCAUUAGCCGAGAUAACCAGUUCAUUACCUUUCAGAUAUCUGCUUUAUAACUAAACACACUGACAGUGUCGUCGUUUUAAAUAAAGUGUACACACAUUUUGAGUUAAAUAGAUUUCCGUAAUGUAACUAUAACAAGUCACGACAUUCCUGAAAACUUAUUGAAUGCUUUUAACAAGCAAUUAUGCUAGGUAUGGUAUUAUUAUUAAGUUUGAUAUAUUUCCAAUUCUGAAUAUGUUGCAUAUCCCAUUGUUAUAGUUAACUGUCAAAGAAAAUAAUAAAUGUUAAAAGCAGACAAUUUAUAAACAAAGGGGAACAACUCUUAUUGCCCCAUGUUCUUGCGUGUUUAGGAUUGAGCUGUAAAAACAAAAACAAUGUUUUAUAUACAUUUCAACUGUAAACUGAUGUUACUGGUGUGCAGUUUGGAUUCAGAAAACGGAUGUUAACUAUUAUAAAUGACAUAUCCAUUGCCCAAUACAUAGAA